AAAAUCUAACUAUGAAUGAAUUGAAAUUAUUUGUUCUUCUAGAAAGGGGCGAGUCCACCUCGUCUGAGACCGAGACCAGACCGGGUAAAAAUUAUUUAGAUUCCGAGACGAGACGGAGACCUUGAAAAAAGUGGUCUCUAGUUUCGAGUACUACAACAAUCUCACCUUCGGUCAUUUAUGUAAUUGUGUAUGUUUUUAUUUUAAACGCUUUUCAAAGUCACCGCUGAACCAAACUAUCCACCGGUCACUGGGGUCAUAACAUUCUGAUUCUUGGUGAACAUAUCUUAACACAUGACUGUAUUUAAAGUCAUUUGGAUCAAAUAUAAGUUACAAACUUUUUUAACUUGUGUCUUCUGGUCCAGGAGCCGGUCCAUUCCCCGCUGUGUUGGAUCUGUACACUUUUGGUGGAGGUUUGUCAGAGAAGAGAGCCUCUCUGCUGGCUAGUCGAGGAUUUGUUGUUCUGACUGUGGCGCUGUACGGCCACGACGACAUGCCCAAGAACAUCAAGGAGGUCCAUCUGGAUUACUUUGAAGAAUCAGUAGAGUUUUUGAAAAGGCAGAAUAAGGUGGGCAGUAAAGGAGUCGGUAUGAUAUCACUUUCAAAGAGUGGAGACCUUGCACUUUCAGUAGCUUCUUACCUGCCUGGUGUUGAAGCCACAGUGUGGAUCAACGGCUGCUCUGCCAACACAGCGUUACCUCUUUACUACAAGAAGAGCCAGAUACUUCCUGCGUUAAUGUUUGACGUAAGCAGGAUGAUUCCCUCUGAAUCAGGAGCCUACAAUAUCAAGUAUGUUACUAAUGAUCCACUGCUGGAGGAGAACAAGGCCACCUUGAUCCCCAUCGAAAAAGCAAAGGGACGUUUCCUCUUUGUGGUGUCAGAGGACGACUUGAACUGGGACAGUAAGACUUACACAGAGGAGAUGGUGGAGAGGCUGAAGCAUCAUGGGAAGGACAACUUUGAGAGCAUGUGUUACCCUCGAGCGGGGCACUACCUGGAGCCGCCUUAUGGCCCGUACUGCCCCUCCAGUUUUCACAGCCUUGCGGGUAAACCAGUCCUAUGGGGGGGUGAGCCCAGGUCCCAUGCAGCAGCUGAAGUCCACCUGUGGAAGAAGAUCCAGGAGUUCUUCAGAGCUAAUGUGAGCUGUGACGUUACAGAGACUAGAGCAAACUUAUAGAUACAGAAACAGAGGAUCAAAUAAUUUACAUAACUGUUUUUUAAAGAAACGGUUUAAAAUUGAAUAGUUUUUUGAUUAGAUCAUGUAUGAAAAGGUCAUUACAUAUCACAACAUUA